CGAGUAAUCAUUGGUUGCACAUGUCGAAGUUCACAAGACUUGCUCAGGCGUAGAACAACUGCUAUUGCUUUUUUAUGUGUUUUCCUUUUACGUUCUACUAACCCAUAACAGCAACAAUGUCUUGUUCUGUCGCUUCUCCUGAAUAUCUUAAUGAACUUCUCAGCGACAAAACAACGGUAUCGAAAAUGCCCAAGAUAUUUCUUCACGCCGAAAGAUUGCUGGAUCAAGAAAUAAGCAGAGUUAGAAAUGAGCUCUUCCAUGGAGUGAUCAAGAAUGAACCAGACGGAGUGUUUGGGGAACUUCAACUUCCAGCUUCUUCAGGGCCUAGAGUAAAAUUGUCAGAAAAGGUCUAUGCCCCAGUCAAAGAAUACCCAAAGUUUAAUUUUGUUGGUAGAGUAAUCGGCCCACGGGGAAUGACUUUAAGAGAAGUUGAAUCUUCUACUGGAUGCAAACUGUUAGUCAGAGGAAAAGGUUCUAUGAAAGAUAAAAAAUUGGAAGAAGAGAAACGGGGCCAACCGAACUAUGAACACUUAGAGGAGGAUCUGCACGUGCUCAUAUCAGUGGAAGACACAGAGGAGAGAGCAAAGUUGAGACUUGCAAAAGCUGUUGAAAAAGCCAAAGAUCUUCUUCAACCUGUGGAUGAGGGAGAAGAUGAAUUAAAAAAGAAACAGUUGAAAGACCUGGCAUUAAUGAAUGGCACUUUGAGGGAACAAGCAGGAUGCUUUUUUUCACCGGAAGAUACUAUUUGUGUAGGCAAUACUCCAGUUAUACACAAUGGUCUUCUGGGGAUGCCUCUUCCACCUGCCUUAGCUGGAUAUGGGUUUGCAAGACCUCCUGUUCCAAGUGCAUACCCUGCCAGCCUUUCAGGACUGGAAUUUGCAUCAUAUGCAACCAGACCAGGAACCAUUUUUGACUAUGGACUGGAAACUUCCAUCCUUGGUGCAGUUAAACCACGGAGACCUAUACGGGAACAUCCUUACCAAAGAUGAAGUUUGAAAUCGGAAACUGUUUCAAUCACCUACUGAAAAGAGGAAGUUUUUACAUUUCCUGGAAUUAAAAUGAACUGUGUGCAUAGUUAAUUGAUUAAUUCAAUGGUUCUAUUCAAAGAUGGAUUCCAGCUAAAUCUAUAUACUCUGGAUAUAAGUACACUACGCGCAAAUACGUUAGCGUUUUUACUGACACAUAAAUAUACCGAAAUAUUAGCAAUAAUGUGUUUAGAAGCUGAUCGGGAUCAUUACACUGGCAAUGAAUCUCAGCGAUGUGAAUCUCAAUUCUUUUCUAUUUGCUCUUCUGUGAUAAGGCAAAUCUACCAUCCUUAACUAUCAAACGCAGACGAAUCUACAUUGUUUUAGAUGAAAAUAUAUUUUUUGAUUCAAAAUAAAUGGGUGAACAAGCAGUUGCCUCUGAACAGUCAUGACCAUUCCAAAUUGCGCCCAAAGUCUGGAUUUGAAUCUGAGCAGACAGUUGUGAUUUUAAGUCAAACGAGUUAACUGUGCGCUGUAUGUGAACUGCAUAUGGUAUAUCUAUUUUCAGACGGUUCAAAUAUCACUGUGGCAUUCACUGGACUGUCAGUCAGACACUCAAACAACCUAACUGAAGAUUUUUAACUUGCCUUCGAUUUUUUAUUCUACACGCGCUCAGAGGGUUCUCAAAGGCGUUACUUCAUUAUAUUUUUUUCGUUUGUUUUUGACCUGAAAAAGUGUCGUCAAGGGUAGCAAAGGCUAUGAUAUAGGAGAUUGGUUGAAUAUUAAAACAGCCUAAAUGAGCGAGUUGGGAUAUUGAUGAGUAACAUUGUCACUGAUUACAAACCAACAACUUUAAAAUUUAAGGUGUGGCGUGUCUCCUCUAAGAACCCCUCGGAAGUAACCCAACUGGUCUAGAGCUACCCUAAGUGAAUUUCUGAAACAAUUCGUGGGUUAUUUGAGCAACUGAUUGUGUGGUGACUGUCACUAAUGUCAUAUUCUGACUGGUAAACCGGUCACGUUUAAACACGUUACUAUAUUUUGAUUAUAUAAUUGAAAUCGAUAUGUUGUCUUACUUUUACUAAUAUGACCUUCUUAAGAUUCCAAAUAUCGUAUUUACUAGUAUUUUCGUGAUGUACUUACCAAACGCAAAUAACUACAUACGCUUUUGAUUAUCUCAUCCAUAAACACUCUGAUAGUAUAUUAUAUUGAUCACCGAGAGAUAUUUUUACAAAAAAAAUAAUAUAUACAUUCCAAAAGAAUUGUAAUAAAAUAUUUUGAGAUGCCCA